AUGGAAUCAGCUGCCACGGAUGAGAAGCCCAAACAGAUAGCUUCGUUCUCUGCUCCACCACUACCACCACCACCACAACCGCCCCCUCCCUCCCAACAACAAAACCAACAUCCACAACAGCCUCCGCCGCUGCAACAACCGCAGCAGCAACAGCAACAGCCUCCGGGACCCUCUCGCCCAUUGCCUCCGCCGGAGCACUCCCACACCCUCCCGCCUCCCCGCUCCCAGUUUGAGCCUUGGAGCCGUCCGUAUCCUCCUUUCGAAGGCGCAAAUGCUGAUCAGCGCGGCCAUCCCGUAUUCAACGGUCCACCCCGAGAAGGGUCGCAUCACCCGCAGGAUAUGUAUUCCCGGCCCCCCAGUAUAUCUGGGCCCCCAAGAACCCACUCCGAUCCCUCAUUUCGCCCUAUAAACGGCAAUUCCCACGAGCCUUCUUCCUCCAGUCUCCCGCCCACUCCCACCACCGAGUAUCGCCCUUCCUUCCCCUAUGGCCCUCCCAGCGACGGUCAUGGGAACGGCGAGCCACCUCGCGGCCUACAGAUGAUGCCUCCUCCCCCGCCGACUCCGGACGGUAUUCCAAUACAUCGACCCUACGGGUCUGGCGCGCACAUGCCUCCCGGUGCCGCUGCGUACGAUGCAGGCUAUUACUUCGCGCAGGCCAAUGUUCCUUAUAGCCAGCGGCAGCGGAGAACUACCAGAGCACAACAGGCUUGCGAUCAAUGUCGAGCGCGAAAAGCCAAGUGUGACGAAGGUCGGCCUUCCUGUGGGCAUUGUAAAGAUAGUAAUGUUCAGUGUGUCUAUAAAGAUGUUCCUCCCCAUAAGCACGAGAGAUCGACUCAGAUAUUACUCGAGAGGCUUCAACAGAUCGACGAUCGAUUCGACAAAUUUGAGAACAUUGAGAAGAUCGACGAGGUCGUAAAGCUGCUCAAGGCACAUACCGACAAGCUCGACGCUCUCCUAGGAAGGGCGAACCGAACAAAGCCUUCAAGUUCACUCUCUGAUCCGGAGCUGAAACAGCCGGUUCAAAAUGCCGCUACUCCUCAGCAGGGAAAGGGUGCCGAGAUGGAACCCGUGAAGCUAUCCGAAAAGCUGGCUAGCGACGCUGUCAAGCAGGAGCAAGGGGACAUCCAAGUUGAGGCUGACGACGACGAACUCUCCAUCCCGAUCGAGCACACAACCGCAGCGCACAAACUGCUUCUGUGGCCAUCAAUACAGAAGCUUAUACCCGACAGGAUCGAUGACGACUAUGUUAUGCGACUGGAGGAGUCGCGCGGUCCCAUUCGGCCCUAUGGUCGCGGCGAGGGAGGCGGCAGCAUUCGCACCAGUGUAUAUCCCCUCAGCCCCAUCGUCAGCUCGUCGAGUCCACGCGAUGAAGAUAUGUUUCAGUUUUGCGGCUCGGGGUGGGGAACAGGCUUUGAGAUAUUCCAAGGGAACAGUGUGUCCAAGAUUCCCAAGGAGCGCCAGAUCGGAGGACUCAACAGUGCCGGCGCACUCGAUCUCGAUGUGGAUGUGGUGUACGCAUAUCACAAGAGUUAUAUGGAAAACAUGCACAUCCUCCAUCCGUUCCUCAGGUCCACCGAUCUCGCAAUCAUGGUCAAAGAUUUUGUCAAUGCAUACAGUCCUCCCAAAAGGGGCCAUUUUGCUGCUCCUCCCUUCGGCCACAUCGUAGCCAACGAUUCGAUGAACACUUUGAACAGAUCUCAAAAACGGAAACGAUCCGUCGAUGUCGCAUCCGGCUAUACCGAACUCGAAUCCCCAGGCUCUGACCACAGUAUGGGCGCCAGUUGUCCUCCGAUUCAACGAUCUAUGGACAAUGCGAUUGUCCUUCUCGUCUUGGCCCUCGGUGCCAUUUGCUCGUGGAAAAUGGAGCUGCCAGGUCCCAUCCCGGACCCGCCAAGUAAAUUACCAUACGUGACCUCCGCCGUGUCGCCUGUCACCAUGGAUUCGGCCAUGCCUUCAACAAACGCAUUCCGUUCUCCCACGAGUCGCUCUCCGAAUAAUAUCCAGGGCUGGAAACGAUCCGGGAGCUAUUCCGGCAGCGAUCAUUCCGACCCUAACCUCAAGAACAUGGAUGUUAUUCCUGGAAUGGCAUAUUAUGCUCUUGCGUCUGAUAUUUUGGGUAACCUCCAGGGUGGAAAUGACCUUGCACACGCGCAGGGGUGUCUUCUUGCUGCGCUGUACACAGGGCAGCUCGCUCACCCUUUUGCCAGUCAUGGGUGGAUUAGUCAAGCAGCUCGAGCUUGUCAAGUUUUGGUUCGAGCGCGGAGCUUUGAGGUGAUGCCCGAUGGCCCACGCAAGGACUUGAUCACUUUUGCGUUCUGGACGUGUCUGCAACUUGAAAGUGAUAUCCUCGCUGAGCUUGACCUCCCUGCCAGUGGCAUCAGCCGAUUGGAAGGCCGCAUGGAGUUUCCCAAGGCAGUCUUCGCCCACUCGAUCCCGAAUGAGAUCGAGGCACCAGAUACGCUGAUGAUGAUGUAUUACUCGGCCCAGAUUCAUUUAAGAAAGGUCUUGAAUCGCGUGCAUACGAAUUUGUAUAAAACCGAGAAAACAGCCAACGGCGAAAAGAGGACGCGAUGGACAACUACGAUUCAAGAAGCCUUGAGCGACAUGCUGGAAUAUUGGCGGAGUGGUUUGCCAAAAGCCAUGCAAUGGGACGACUCAGACCCACCAGCGAGGGACAUUAAUAUAGCUCGGAUGCGCGGUAAAUACUAUGGAGCCAGAUACAUCAUUCAUCGACCACUGUUGCAUCAUGCUCUGCACCCCAUGAUAGCGAAGACCCACAGCACCGGCCCAGCGGAAUCGCCUGCGCCCUCAGUCGUGUCGAGCGCAAAUUCGCAAAUCUCGCCCGCCCUGGCGCAUGUGCAACAAGUUGAAAAUAUCGAUCGCUGGUCCGGGGAGAUGCCCCCACCACCCCGGAUAACCUCCAGCCAGGAUCCUCCGCAACCUCCGUUCGAGAAGGAUUUGGAUCCUAAACUACAUGCUGCUUGCGUAGCGUGCAUUGAGGCUGCGAUGCAUAGCACCGUCGCUUUUGAUAAUGUUGAAGGACGACCUAUCGUGACGAAUAUUUUUGGAACUGCUCACGCGCAAUUCGGAAAUAUUCUCGUCCUUGCCGCAACGUAUACAUCUCGACUUUCAAAUUUUGUCGAUCGAAAGAGACUCGGCGAACUCAUCGAUCGGACAAUCAAAUUUCUUCUUCAUAGCAGACACAUAUCUCCCAGUCUCCGAAAAGACGCAGAGAUCCUCACUCAGAUCCGCCAGAAGCUCUUCGAACAACACGGCGUCAACAACACCAGCUUUUCAUCUAGUGACGGGUGAACUAUGGAACUCAUCUUCAUUUAUCCUUUCUAUACUUACCAG